UUUAAAUACUAGCUUAGAAAUAUGUGCUUCAGAUAUGUUUAGAAGUAUAAAGUCUACAUAUUAAGAGUAGCGUUUCUGUUUAAUAAUCAAGAAUGGCACAAAUGACCUCAAUUGUGUGCAGGAUUUGUGAUAUUUCCUUCAACUCUGUGGAACAGUUGUUUAAACACAAGGCUUAUCAUGAUCAAGAGAAGUUGGCAAAGCCUGACAGUGUUCUACAAUCAGCAGACAAGAAACUUAUCAGUCCAAUGACAAUUCCUAGUCACAAUGCUGUCAAUAAAAUGAAUUCUUUGUUCUCGUUGGAAAAAGUGAAACAAGAGCCGCUUGAAAUUAAAGGAAAAAGUAAAAGUGCAACGAAAGUUCAUCUGGUUCAGCCAAAAGAACAUGUGGUUCAGGCUUUUGGGACAACUGUACCCAGGUCAGGAGAAAAAGGUUUGAUGAUAGAAAAUGGGCCUAAGAUGAUUAUUGCAAAGCCAUUUAACAGACAAACUAAUCAAAAUUCAGAAAAUAUACAAAAUGGAAGGCUUAAAGAACCUACCAGUAAUAAAAGCCCUGGAAUUUCUAGUCCUGUUUCCAUGACAAUCAAUGCAGAUUAUUUUAAGGCUUUUGCACAUGAUGAUUCAAUCAAGAAUAAUAAAUCAAUGUCUCAAAAGAUGAAUAUUGCACCCGCAUCAAGUUACAAGAGGAAAGGUACUCCAGUCCAUCCUAAAUUAGUUUCAGAACAAAAUACUGAUGUUCUACCAUUUAAAACAAAAGUUGUGUCGAUUGAUGCCAAAAAAAUAAAAGUUGUUAUAGAAAACACAAGACAGGGCUAUGGUGAGAAAUACCCUCUUAUAACUGGAAGCAGAUUGGAGGGUUAUUUUUGUCACACUUGCAAGAUGGCAUUAAGGACUAUAAAAGAAAUGCGUGGCCAUAAAAUGGAAAAACAUGAGCCUGAUAACAGAGACAGGUAUAGGUGUGGCUUCUGUUUUGAAUGUUUUGACACACAAGAUGCAGUGCAAGAUCAUAUGGAUGACUUCGGCAAUGUAUAUCACCCUGCAAAUAUGUCUAAAGAAGGGGAGAAAAAGUUUUGUGAACGAGUGUUAAAUGAACAGAAACAGAGAAAAAUAAAGGAGAAAAAGGAAGCAGUUAGAUUGUCGCAUAUUGAUAGACUGAACAAUGUUGAUAUGAGAACGCCAGAUCACAACACAAGUAGUGCCACAUCAGGAAAACUAAUAUCACUGCUAAACAGAGCCAUGGAAGAUGGCCAUGAAGCAAUAGUUGUAAGAAACACAGGUAAAGCUGGAGAAGUGCCAAAAGUUGUAAUUAUGGAAAGUAUGAUAAAGGAGGAAAAUUUGCUGUACAGUUGCAAAUACUGUAGAGCAACAUAUAGCUUUGAAGAAGAUUACUUAAUACAUUUAGCAUUGUAUCAUAUUCCUAGGGAAGAAUUACCCAAGUUCUCAUGUGAGGUAGUGAACUGUGGACAAAUCUUUGGUACAGAGAAGUUGCUUGAAAAACACAUUCUUGGAGUACACGUUCCUAUGACUAUGCCAAAAGGCCAAGAAAUGACUUAUGUCAAGGCUGUGCGCUCAGGAAAACAUGUAGAAUUUAAAAGAAGAUUUGUUGAUGAAGUCAUUGAAACUGAUGGUUUUACAGAGACACAUGUUGAUACAAAUAUUGACAAUCUGAGAUGGCACUACAGAAAGGUUCCAAAUGAUGUUCUUUUGACAGAGGCUAACAUUAAGCAGCAUGAACCAGAUGACUAUGUUGAAUUCUACAACUCAGAUGAAGACCAAAAUGAGAUCAUGGAUGAAGGCAUUGAAGAAUCUGAUGAUGACGACUUUGAAAACCAGACUGAAAAUGUGGCGGAAGGAAUAAAUGAUGUUGUUGAAUCAACUUUGGCCCAGGAAGGGGACAAGUUGAAAGUGAUUAAAGUUAGAUUUCAGGGAGGCAAACGUAUAGUUCAUGUGAUAGGCCAUAAAGAUGACUACAAACAAGAGGAGUAUCAGUUCUUCCACUGUCCAAAUUGCCCUAGAAAAUACCUGAAUACUGCAAAUUUAUCCAAGCAUAUGGAGCAACAUAGUAAUGAAAAAGUAUUUAAAUGCCCUUUCUGUUCAAGAGUUUUUAGCUUUAUGUUUAAUCUUCAGAAACAUAAGAAAACACAUUAUCAAUAUACAAUAAGACAUAGAAGGUGUAAAAGUGUAAAUAAUUUUUGUCAGUAUUGCGCCAAAGCUGGUAUUGUAAACAUUGAUAAUCACUCGAUACUGCACACAUAUACGAGAGGUAGAUUCAUGUGCGAUGGAUGUGCUAGAUUGUUUCAUUCGAAAGUGGCUGUAGAGAUUCAUAGAAAAUACAGUUGUGGUCGCCAACUACAGAUUUCUGAAGAAAAACCAGAUUAUUAUUUUGUGUACUUUGACGAUCUUCUAAGCAACGAGAACAACGAAAUACAAAUCCCAUUUAGUAUGUCAUAUACAGAACACUGAUCUUUCCUAUGAUGACAUACACUUAUUUUUUUCAACUAUUAAACCAGAUAAAUUCAAUUCAUGUAAGGUCAUGCAAGAUUGAUUAUAUUUUUAGCGUCAUCGUCAGUCAGACAAAUUUUAAACAUAACAAACAAUUACAAAUUAGAAGUUGAGCCAAAAACUGAGAUUUAAGGAGCAGACAUUUAUACACAGAGUCAAGGAAAAUUAUACGACUUUACCAUUAUUUUUUUCAGAUCAGAUUUAUUUUGAGUCUGCAAGAUAGCAACAAGUACAACAUAAGCCUGUGUAAGCUUUUUAACCGACUAAGGAAAUCCGCUUAGAAUGGUCUUAGAAACUAUAGGAUGUUUUUUUAUUGCUUGGAAGGCAGAUUGAAGCCUGGCGCCUAGAAUAGAAUCAAUUUGACCCAAUCAGUCUGAGUAUAAGAUUAUUUCAAUAUUAUAAAUUCAGUUUUAUUCACAAAAGUGUGCCUUUUCGGGGGAUAAAUUCUUGACCACCUAAACUUCUUUUAAAUACUACAUGUACUUCACACAUUGUAAACAGGUCAGUAGUGCCCUGAGUGGUGUUUAACAAUUUUAUGUUUAAAACAUUAUGAUAACUGUUGUUAUUGUUUUAUGCAUAACGUACAAGCAAAACUGAUAAAGCUGUUGUCAAGAUGUUUAUUGAUGAGAUGAGAGUCCGUAUUGUUAUGUUCAAGAUUAGAAAUAGAGCCUUGUUCAUUUAGCAAAAAGGUGUUUUACAUGUGUUGUAUAACUAUGUGUUACUCAAAUUAUUGUAAUUGUGAUUGCUAUGCAUGCACAUAAAUGAUAUAACACUUUGUACAACAUAUAAAUAUAUUUUUUAAUGCAUACCCCGAACAGGUUAUCGAAAAAUUAUAAAGUAGAUGCUACUGCGUUCAUCAGCUUAUUACUUAUUUCUUAUGAAGAUAUUUUAAAGAUUUAGGAUUUUUUUUAUUGUUCGUGCGUUCAUGCAGUAUAAACGCUUGGCUGCGAUUCUGCAAAUGCAUGAAGCGCCCUUAAAUUGUAUAAUAGCGGCCGAGCGUUCGUACUGCCUAAACGCACGAAAAUAAGAAUCAAUCCUUAUAUUCACAUUAUCUAGAUUUUUUGAAUGCAUGACCCAGGUGAAUGAACACCAUAGGAAACAUGUAAACAAGACGGCAUUUAAUUGUACAUGUGUGUUACUAUAUUUCGGCAUGAAGUAGAUCGUAGUAAAAUCUCUAUUUGCGGGGAUUCAUUAGCGUCCAAUCAGAGCGUUGCUUUCAUACGAAACUCAGCAUACAGAGGUCACGAAAGGUCGAUCGGUGCAUGCACAAAGAUCGCAAUAUUAAUCGUACAUAAAAUCAUGUGCGAAUGUAAAUAUUGUGAAAUAUCGUGGCACGCAUGUUCACAUUUACGAUAGGUGUAUUGUUCCUCAGAUUUAACUGGUAGAUAGGUUAAGGUCACGUGCGGGGUGAUACCAACAGGGUGUUAUAUGUUUUUCAUGUAUUUAACAUAAUUGUGCUCAAAAACCUAAGCUGGUAUCCCAUGCCUCGAGCAAGUCGCAGGUUAUAGGUCAUGGUCAUUUUUAAGUGCCAAUGGUCAAAUUGCUUGUCCGUAUUAUAAAUGUCCUACAUUGAAUGAUUUUGAAACUUGAUCAACAUGUUCUCCUAAAAACUCAAUAUAUUUGAACUUAUCCGGACUGUAUCUUUGUCAUGCUUAGAAGUAUUUGGCAAUUGACAUUUGUAUUUCCGGACAGUUGUUAAAUUAAACUGUGUAUUAAUAAAUAUAGUGUGCUCUACUAUA